AUGACAGACUUAACUAACAAGAAGGUGGCGAUUAUGACUGUUUUAUUAAAUAGUAUUUCUGAGAGUAGAGGGGGUUACGAGAUGUUUCUUAAAUCUAAAAAAGAUAAUGAAGAUAUUUCAUUUCUGUAUGCUGCUAUAGUGGAAAAAUCGAAAAAAGCCAAAAUAGAAAGCUAUGUAGAAAAUAUCGUUCCCAGAUACAACGACAUGGACUUUAAGUCUCAUUUUUGUCUUUCUAGAAGAACUGUUGAAAGGUUAAUGGAACAGCUUCCUGAACAAAGGACUGGCCCUGGUCGAACAGGACUAAGAGAAACAUCACUACAAACAGUUGUAUUGAUGUCUCUAUGGUUGUUAGGCAAUCAGGAGUCGUUUCGUGGCGUUGCGGACAGAUUUGGAAUAAGCAGAGGACAUGCCUAUAGAGAAUUUGUAUAUUUUAUUAAAACCGUGUCUUUGUUAAGAUCUAAAAUUAUUGUUUGGCCUAAAGGUGGAAAAGCUAAAAACACUAUAAGGAACUUUGAGACCUUACAAGAUAUAAGCUUUCCAGAUGUAAUUGGAUGUAUAGAUGGAGCCCAUAUAUUGAUAUCAUCACCAAAAGCAUCAAAAAAUGCAUAUUUUAAUAGAAAGCAAUAUACAUCUGUAAUUCUUCAAGCAGUAUGUGAUUCGAAAUUAUUGUUUACAGAUGUGUUUGCAGGGUGGCCACGAUCUUCUCACGAUUGCAGUUUGGAGCAACUUACCACUGUGUGA